AUGUCGUACGCCUAUCUCUUCAAGUAUAUCAUCAUUGGAGACACAGGUGUUGGGAAGUCAUGCCUUCUACUGCAAUUCACCGACAAACGCUUUCAACCCGUUCACGAUCUCACAAUUGGUGUGGAGUUUGGUGCUCGUAUGGUGACAAUUGACGGCAAACAAAUUAAACUGCAGAUUUGGGAUACUGCGGGGCAGGAAUCAUUUAGAUCUAUCACGCGAUCAUACUACAGAGGUGCUGCAGGAGCUCUGCUUGUUUACGAUAUCACACGUCGGGACACUUUUAAUCACUUGACAUCCUGGCUUGAAGAUGCACGACAACACAGCAAUAGCAACAUGGUUAUUAUGCUUAUUGGUAAUAAAAGUGAUCUCGAGGCUAGGCGCGAGGUGAAACGCGAAGAAGGUGAAGCUUUUGCAAGGGAACACGGGCUCGUAUUUAUGGAAACUAGUGCAAAAACUGCUGCUAAUGUUGAAGAAGCUUUCAUCGACACUGCGAAAGAGAUAUACAGGAAAAUCCAAGAGGGCGUGUUUGACAUCAACAACGAAGCUAACGGAAUCAAGCUUGGUCCUCAGCACUCUCCGAGUUCUCCAAAUUCUCCUGGAGGAAAUGCUUCUGGAGGAUUGGGAGGAUCCAGUGGAUGCUGCUAA